CGAAAAACAUCGAUGACAUCGAUGUUGGCAUCGAUGUUUAUCCACCUCUGAAUGGUACUCGAAUAAAAAUGUACGACGCGUUGGAACGCUGUCCUGGAGCUUAUUGUGGACGAUCUCCGCUGGGAAAUGACACCUGGAGCAGCUGUGGAGUCUGUCCCCGAGGAUCCCGGGUGAACCAGAGCUAUGUGUGUUCGCCUUGCCGCGACGAAUUAACCACUUACUCCUGGCUUUACCUGGGAUUUAUGACUCUCCUGCCACUUAUGAUGCACUGCUUCUUUAUCGACAUGGACGCCAAGGAUCGCAAAUUUUCCCGCAAGCAGCUUAUCCUGACGGCCAGUGCUUUUGUUGAGGUGGCUCUGUCCGCCAUCCUGGCAACCUUGUUCAUGGAGCCCAUGUGGGAGCUGCGGCUAUACGCCUGCGAUGUCCGGAAACUCACCGACUGGUACACCCUGUUCUACAACCCCAGUCCCAACUACGAGGCACGGGUGUACUGCACCCAGGAGGCAGUCUAUCCAUUGCAAACCAUCGUGUUGGUGUUUUACUUUCUUUGCCUCGUCAACAUGUUUCUCAUUCGCCCGCUGGUCAGCAAACUAAUGGAUGUGGGGGGCAGAAGCAAGGCGCCCAUUUAUUCCGCCCUCUACUUCCUGCCCCUGCUAACCUUUAUCCAUGCCCUGGGAUGUGGGUUGAUCUAUUACUCCUUUCCCUACCUGAGUGUGGCCAUUUCCAUGGUGGCCAAUGCCAUUCACUAUUCCCUUAAAUUGGACCAAACCCUGAAGGCUCUGGUUUACUCCUCUAUGUGGGAGCUAAAAAAUGUGGUUAUUAUAGCUGUUCACUGGAUGCUUCUGGCGUAUGGCAUAACGUCCCUGAACUACCACUAUGCCUUCAUGUGCCUGGUACCCUUCCCCACACUCUUCUACAUCCUGACCGUGCGCUUCACGGAUCCGGGCGAGUUCCGGGAGCUGGAGUCGAGAAUUUGAUGCGGCGACGUCCAGAUGCAAAUCUUCGAUGUCCGGGGCACCCGUCGAUCAACUGUUGUUAUCUAUGUGUAGUGUUUGCGUCGCUUAAUUUAUUUACAUUUAGUGCGUAGCUUAAUUAAGGCCUGUUCCGAUUUUCACUAAUUUCUUCUCUUACUUUACUGGAAAAUCACUUAAAUAUCCUUGGUAAUAGAGAUUACUUUGGUUAUUAUCUAAAGGAUAAAUAAGCAGACCAGUAGCUCUAGUGUACUUGUAUCGUAUUUGUAGCCUUAAUCCAUUUAUCGUUCUUUUCGUUUUAAUUAUAUUUCACAUUAAUUAUACACAUAUAGUAAUAUUAAAUACAAAUGAUCAGUUUCCCAUCUCUAAAA